GGUUUAAACCAGCUACUGAUACUCACUGACCGUGUGGACACAAUGCUGCUGCUGCUGCAGGUCAUCAUCCGUUUCACAGCGCACGAGCGCUUCUGCCAUGUUUAUGCAAAGCAGAACAUGAGUUAUGAUUGAGUAAAGACUGAAAUGACUAGGCUCUAGUUCCCCAUUUCAUUCUCGGCGGUGGAAAGAAGAAACCUCGGUCGUGUUGGGUCGGCGCUGCGUUAUGAAUCAUAUGACUGCAAGAAUUCACGAACUUCCUGUUCCAGCACAACAGAGUGAAAGCAAGAGAAGCAGCACUGAGUGCCUUGUCGAAGCAAAGGCACAGAGAAAAGCGUCUUGCUGGAGACAAUGUGCAUAAGCUGCAGAGAAUGGAGGAGCUGAUAGGAGACAGGAGAGUUGUUGAGGACAAGAGGAGCUUGAUAAAGACACCGUAUGAUGUCCAGGCCAACAACCAAGAGCAUGACUCGCCCACGUCCACACAUCAGAUCGGCUCAGUCCAGCACGGCUCUCCAUGUUUCGUCUACACCCUGGCUUUUUUCUCGGCUCUGGGUGGAUUCCUGUUUGGCUAUGACACCGGAGUGGUGUCUGGAGCCAUGCUCCUGCUCAAGAGGGAGAUGAACCUCAGCUCUCUGUGGCAGGAGCUGCUGGUGUCCGUCACUGUUGGUGCCGCGGCCGUUUCCUCUCUGGCUGGAGGGUAUCUCAACGGACUCUUCGGCCGGAGAGUCUGCAUUCUGCUCGCUAGCUUCAUCUUCUCUGCUGGAGGAAUCAUCCUGAGCGUCGCACACAGCAAAGAGGUUCUUCUGUGUGGGAGGCUUACGGUUGGGCUCGGGAUAGGGAUUGCAUCUAUGACCGUGCCCGUCUACAUUGCUGAGGUUUCACCUUCUGAACUCCGAGGUCAGCUGGUCACUAUCAACACACUGUUUAUCACCGGUGGCCAGUUUGUAGCUAGCGUGGUGGAUGGGGUCUUUAGCUACCUGCCCCAUGACGGCUGGAGGUAUAUGUUGGGUUUGUCAGUUGUUCCUGCUGCGCUGCAGUUCCUGGGGUUCCUCUUCCUCCCGGAGAGUCCUCGCUGGCUCCUGCAGAAAGGAGAUACCCAGAAUGCUCGGCUGGUGCUCAGUCGGAUCCGUGGCGGUGUAAAUGUGGAUGAAGAGUAUGAGAGCAUACGGAGCAGCAUUGAGGAGGAGAAGAUUGAUGCUGGAGAGGGUCCAGUGUUGUGGCGUAUCCUGACGUUCGCUCCAGCACGGCGUGCUCUGAUCGUGGGUUGUGGCCUACAGAUGUUCCAGCAGCUCUCGGGAAUCAACACGGUCAUGUACUACAGCGCCACCAUACUGCAGAUGUCUGGAGUACAGGAUGAUCAGAUGGCCAUCUGGCUGGCUUCUGCCACAGCCUUCACCAACUUCCUGUUUACUCUAGUAGGCGUGUGGCUCGUGGAGAGGGUGGGCCGCAGGAAGCUUUCUCUGGCCAGCAUACUAGGUGAAGAUUCAAACACAGCCAUAGACACGAUAAAUCUUGUCUUAUUGAGGUGUUCCAAUGGCACGCAGGAGAGUGCUGGUGUAUUCUGGGCCUAUAACUACUGCCCAACAUCUUACUCCUGGAUUGUUCUGCUGGGUCUCGUUCUGUAUCUGGCCGCCUUUGCUCCAGGUAUGGGUCCUAUGCCGUGGACGGUGAACUCCGAGAUCUAUCCGCUGUGGGCUCGGAGCACAGGGAACGCCUGCUCUGCCGGGGUCAACUGGAUCUGUAACGUCCUUGUGUCUCUGACCUUCCUCCAUGUGGCCCAGUACCUGACAUACUACGGUGCGUUCUUCCUGUACUCCGGUCUGGCUCUGCUGGGCUUUGUGUUUGUGGUGGGCUGUCUGCCGGAGACCAAGGGUCUGCGUCUGGAGGAGAUGGAGUCUCUGUUCGGCAGACAACUGUGCAGCUGUGGAGCCGGCGGCAGUCAGAGCGUUCAUUACAUCCGGGUAAACGGAGGAAACUGCCGCUCUGAUGAAGACGUUACUGAUGAUGAAUAGACACUGAUGAAGAUGAUUUGUGGUGUGAGGGAUGCUGUGGUUCCCAUUCCAGAGAUUCAUCGUUCAAGUUGAAUCAUGUUUUAAAAGCGCAAUUGUGUCAAUAAUGGAU